AUGGGUACAAGACAAGACGCCCUGUGCAGCGUGUGCUUCGAGGUUCACGGUGCCCUCGUCAAAGCAGAGUCGGUCGCUGAGGCCCUGGAGCUCGUCUCAACAACGCCCUGGGCCACGGAUGAUGAUGCCACGCUUGGAGCUGCACUGAUGGAGGUGUAUGCGAAGCUGCAGAUGGAGCUUCCCAGCAGCGGACGGUCGAUCCUUGCGCCAAAGAAGCCCAAGGAAGAGCGCCCGCGGGAGGCCCAGUACGCUGACCUCGUGCGUGAGAACCACUACUGA